AUGGACUACCAACAUCAACUCGGCCGCCAUCCGGAUGUACUACAACCGAGGACAAGGGCGGUUGGCCGGAGGAUUUCUAUGAGACCAUCGGCUGCGGACGACGUCUUCGACAAGAUCCCGGGAAGAGUCCUCGACCUGGGCACACCGGUCGGUACCCUCGGUACUAUCCCGGCCCAGUUAUUGGGUCUACGUCCCGGCAUCCCGGUUGCCCAAGGACUUGGUGAUGCCUGGGCCGGUCAGAUCGGUCUCGGCGUGCUCGCGCCCGGUUCGAUGGCUCUCAUCACCGGCUCCUCGCACGUGCUCACCGGCCAGUCCGACACGAGAUCCACGGACAAUUUUGCAGCUGACUACACCGCUGCUGCCGAGAAAAUCGGCCUCAAUCCGUACGACGUCCUUAACGAGCAGUCGCGAAACAUCAGACCGGGUUCCGACGGCCUUAUUAUUAAUGAGUAUUUUCAGGGCAACCGCACUCCGUACACUGACUCGAAAGCUCGCGGCAUUAUCUGGGGUCUAUCCCUUAUGCACACUCCGGCGCAUUUCUACCACGCUAUUCAGGAAUCGGUCUGCUAUGGCACGGCCCACAACCUGCGCGCCAUGAAGGCCGCUGGAUUUGAGGUAGACCGCAUGGUCGCCUGUGGUGGCGCCACGAAGAGCCGUGAUUGGAUACAGAUGCACGCCGAUGUACCUGGUGUGCCGAUCGUGCUCACUGAGGGUCGGGGACGCUGUGGUGCUCGGAAACCGGGGCGCGUCUUCAAGGAACUCUUCGGUGAUGCGAAGGUCAUCAUUAUCGCCGACGAGAACACCUGGGCCGUCGCUGGUGAACAGACCAAGGCAUCCCUCGAGGGCGCCGGAGUCGAGACUGUCGAACCGAUGAUCUUCCCGGGGCGUCCAGCCGUUUACGCCUGCUACGCGAACGUUGAGAAGAUCCGUGAUCACAUGCGCGACCUUGACGGGGUGAUCGCUUGCUCAAUCGGCUCGGGCACCCUCAACGACAUCACCAAACGAGCCAGCGACGAACUGGGUCGGCGCUACAUGAACCACACCAUGAGCUGCCGCGCCCCGCAAGCCCUCAUCGCCGACCUGCCGACGAUGGCCGGGGCUCCGCAACGCUGCACCGCUACCGGCCUGGGCGAUCUCAUUGAAAAGGUCCCGGCCGGGUGCCGAUUGGAUCGUCGCCGACGAACUGGGCAUCGAGCCGAUCGACGACGAGAGGGGCUGGCCAACGGUAAACCGGAGGCAUUUGAUGGCCUCAUCGAAGGCCUCGUGAUGUCCGGUCUAGCGAUGCAGAAGUACCCGCAUCUCGUCGCGCCCGGCCUCGGGCGCCGGUCACCAAUUCUCCCACCUGUGGGAGAUGGAGCAUCUCGCACCCUCGACGUCGACGCCGCUGUCGCCAAGUGGCCGUCGGCCGAGGAAAUGGAGGCCAAGGUUCGCGCCAACUUCACGGGCGACAUGCUCGAGCCUGCUGUCAGGCAGACCAUGGACAAGUACCUCGACGCCGAUGCGCUGCGAGAGCGUCUGGAACUCGUCAAGUCAACGUGGCCGACCGUCCGAGAACGCUGCCGCUCCCAGGUCAUGCCGGCUGCCAAGGUCGAGGAGAUCAUCAAGACUGUUGGUGGCAUUUACCACCCGGCGCAGAUCGGCCUGACUCGGGGAGCGCUUCCACGACACCUACUACCGGUGCCAGAUGAUUCGGUCGCGCUACACCCUUCUUGA